AUGACUGGCCAGUCGCCCAUGUCAUAUACCCCUUCUGGGGCGUUCAGCAUUCCUGGAUCGUCGCCGUUGAGCAACAACAAUAGCAACAACAACAACACAGCAUCAAGUUCUCUCUUUAGGACGAUUGAAACAGGCGCCACGUCCUUGUUGUCAUCGAUGCCUUCCAAUAGCAACAACAGCAUGCCAGCACCUCCAAAACCUUUAUUCAAAACAGUCGACACGACCACUUCACGAUCGAGCAACUCUAUGUUUUCUUCCACUGCAUCCUCCUCAUCCUCAUCGAUACCAUCUUCAUUACAACCAAAGCAAGACUUCAAGUUCAACUCUAUGCCAAAUAUCGUUAACGGCUCGUCGUCGCAACAACAAAAACCCCCUCAUCGUGCAGUAUCUUGGAACACACCACCGACAUUCUUUGUCACCAGCAAGAGCAAUGAUAAUUUGAGUGCAAUGGAUACAGAGCCCACGGAAUCAUACAAUGUAGCGUUUGGCGAGGGAAAAUCGAUCAUGUCAUUGAAUGAUGCCGAGGCAGCCGGAAAAUAUGCAGGAAACAAACGCGAGAGCAUAUCUACCUUUGGCAACGAACGACGAGUAUCAUUCAAGGCAUCAAAAGAAGCAUCUGUGGAUAAAGGCAAAGGUGUUGAAGGAUCAUCAUCCCGAGAUGACGAUGAAAAUGAAUCCAAGAUCAACGUGUUUGGUUUUGCACCCGAGUCCAAGCAAGCUAUCCUUGAUCACUUUACAAAAUUCGGCAAGAUUCUCGAGCAUGAAAGCAAAGGCAAUUGGAUCAUGAUACGAUAUGCCUCGCGUGAUUCAGCACAACAAUCCUUAGAGAGCAACGGCAAAGCUAUUGCAGGCGAUCACAUUAUCGGUGUCACUACAGCUGCUUCUAGAAAAAGGACAACAUCCGAAGAAUCGAUCAAGCCUACAAGUACACGCAUCGUGCCAUUUGGUCAAGCCAAGGAUCUUUACAAGAAACCAGAAGCUAAGAAACCGGCCACAGCAAGUCCUGGCGGCGUUACUCUUGGCAGUGGCAAGGUCGGAUUGAGCGUCCUGGGUUGUCCUAGCAUCACUCCAAGUGGCGAUAUCACUCUUGUUAGUAGCGGUAAAAGCAUUACGAGUAAUAUCAAGGAACUUUUGUUUGAAUGGUGA